AUGUGGUUAUCAAACGCUUUCAUCUCAGUCUUGUUUUGGGCUUUACUUCAAUUCCAAAGUGUUGCUGCUCAAGGUACUUCAUCAUCCCAAACUGCUUCACCAUCAACUGCUUCAGGUAUCCAAACUGUUACUUCUGAUUUAGCUACUGUUUCAUCAGAUGGUUCAUUAUGUACUUACAACUCUGCUACUGGUUCAAUUCAUGAUAAAACUUACAAAUCUGCUUACACUAUUACCGGUGAAACCACUGAUUUCUUAAUCAAAUCAAGAGUUUUACAUAUUGAAUGGUCAUUCUCUUUUGAUGAACCAGUUGAUGCUACUGAUUUCUCAAUUGUUUCAUUAGGUGCUGAUAUUUCAAAUGUUGAAGGUACUGUUAACUUAGAAAAAGGUCAAGCUACUGUUUCAUAUGAUGUUACUAUUCCAUACUUGACUUUCUUAUUAUCAAUUCCAAACUUCUGUUUAUUAGAUUAUGUUGGAUUCCAAUUCAACGUUCCAUCUGGUGAUCAAUCAUUACUCGAUGGUGAAUCAUACUAUAUCUUCUAUGCUGGUGUUGCAGGUGCCACUUUAGUUCAAACCGUUCAACAAACUGUUUGUCAAUUGAUCAACUUAGGUAACUGUCCAGUUUACACUAAUGCUUUAGUUUUCGACUGUUCAGGUUUAGGUGAUUUCCAAGAAUGUUCCGCUGAAUCUUCAUCAUCAUCUUCAUCAUCAACUAUUGAAUCUUCUUCAUCAUCUGCUGUUUCAUCAUCAUCAGAAGCUUCAUCUUCAUCUGCUGCUGAAUCAUCAUCAUCAGAAGCCUCAUCAUCAUCAGAAGCUUCUUCAUCAUCUGCUGAAUCUUCAAGUGCUGCUUCAUCAUCUGCUGAAUCUUCAAGUGCUGCUUCUUCAAGUGCUGAAUCUUCAUCUGCUGCCUCUUCAAGUGCUGAAUCAUCCGCUGCCUCUUCAAGUGCUGAAUCAUCUUCUGCCUCUUCAAGUGCUGAAUCAUCUUCUGCUGCUUCAUCAUCUGAAUCAUCUGCUGCUUCAUCUGAUGCUUCUUCAUCAGCUUCAUCAAGUGCUCCAUUUGGUUCAGGUGCUCCAUCAAGCUCUGCUGCUUCUUCUUCUUCUGCUUCUUCAUCUGCUGCUUCUUCAUCUGAUGCUUCUUCAUCAGCCUCAUCAUCUGCUGCUUCAUCAUCAUCUGCUGGUCCAACUCCAUCAAUUGAAGGUGAAUUGAAAGAUGGUCAACCACACUGGACUAUUUAUGUCCCAGCUGAAUUAGGUCCAUGGACUUCUGUUGAAGUUACUGCCGAUGCUGAUACUGAACAUUACAAAUUCGUUAAAGCUGAAGCUUCAGUUGAUGCUGAAGACUCUACCACUGAAGAUGCUCUUGAUAUCACUGUUUCUCAACCAUCUGAAGAAGAUUUAGUUAUUGAAGUUUAUGCUCAAGCUGUUUCAUCAUCUCCAUACACUAUCAAACCAGAAGUUACUGUUACUACUGCUGAUGGUAAAAAAUUAGUUAGAAGAGCUACUACCAGUUUCCAAUUAGAAAACACCAUCAAUGACGAUGCUUCAUCAUCAUCUGCUUCAGACUCUGCUUCAAACACUGCUUCAAACAUUGCUUCAGAUGCUUCAAACACUGCUUCAAACACUGCUUCAAACACUGCUUCAAACACUGCUUCAAACACUGUUCCAUCACCAACCACUGAAACCUUAACUGGUUCAGACGGUCAACCAACUGCUACUGAUAUUAUUUCAUACUACCCAACUACUGAUUCAAAUGGUUCAUUCUCAACUGGUUCAACUACUAUCCCAGUUUCAGGUUCAAGCUCAGCUUCAAACACUGUUCCAUCACCAAUCACUACAACCUUCACUGGUUCAGAUGGUCAACCAACUGGUACUGGUAUCAUCUCAUACUACCCAACUACUGAUUCAAAUGGUUCAUUCUCAACUGGUUCAACUACUAUCCCAGUCUCAGGUUCAAACACUGUUCCAGCUCCAUACACCACUACCUUCACUGGUUCUGAUGGUCAACCAACCGGUACUGGUAUUGUUUCAUUCUACCCAACUACUUCAGAUGGUUCAUUUGCUACUGGUACUACUACUAUCCCAGUUUCAGGUUCAAACACUGUCCCAGCUCCAUACACUACUACCUUCACUGGUUCAGAUGGUAAACCAACUGGUACUGGUAUUGUUUCAUUCUACCCAACUACUGAUUCAAACGGUUCAUUCUCAACUGGUUCAACUACAUUACCAGCUAACGGUGGUCAAGGUUCAACUUCAGUUGUUACUGAAAAUGAUCAAUCAACUACUAUUGUUACUAUUACUUCAUGUGAUGGUGAUCAUGGUUGUACCAAAGUUCCAGUUACCACUGGUGUCACUGUUGUUACCAGUACUAAAGAAGGUACUGUUACUGAAUACACUACUUACUGUCCAUUAACCUCAGCUGCUCCAUCUGCUGGUCCAUCAUCUACUGCCCCAGCUCCAGCUCCAACUUCAGCUGCUACAUCAGGUAAAGCUCCAGAAUCAUCAGGUAAAGCUCCAGCUCCAUCUUCAGCUUCUCCAUCAGGUGCUGCUCCAUCAGGUACUGCCCCAGCUCCAUCUUCAGCUGCUCCAUCAGGUAACGCUCCAGAAGGUACUACCCCAGCUGCCCCAGCUCCAUCUUCAGCUGCUCCAUCAGGUAAAGCUCCAGAAUCAUCUGCUCCUGCUCCAGCUCCAUCAUCUGCUUCCCCAUCAGGUGCUGCUCCAUCAGGUACUGCUCCUGCUCCAUCUUCAGCUGCUCCAUCAGGUAACGCUCCAGAAGGUACUACUCCAGCUGCUCCAGCUCCAUCUUCAGCUGCUCCAUCAGGUCAAGCUCCAGCUUCAUCAGGUGCUGCUACCUCAGGUGCUGCUCCAACCCCAGCUACUCAAUCAUCAGCUUCAACCUCAUCAGUUGCUGUUGUUUCCUCAUUUGAAGGUGCUGCUGCUCAAUUAUUACCAUUAGGUGGUAGUUUAUUAUCAGUUGCUUCAACUUUCUUCUUCUUCUUAUUUUAG